AUGAAAUUCGCUAAAAGCCUCCUUAUAGCAGCGUCGAGCUUCUCUCUCCUCGCAGAGGCCAAUAAACCUGAUCUUCAAGCGCCCCUCAUCGGUUCGGGCAGCAAGGCCGCAAAACAACCGAAUAUCCUCUUCAUUAUUUCUGACGACCAGGAUCUGGCAUUGGGAUCUACGGAUUAUACACCAUUGACGGCGAAACAUAUCAAAGAGAAGGGGGUUUUCUUUCGGAAUCAUUUUGUUACGACGGCGCUGUGUUGUCCGUCAAGAGUUAGUUUGUGGACGGGGCGCCAGGCGCAUAAUACGAAUGUGACGGAUGUGCGGCCACCAUAUGGGGGGUAUCCGAAAUUUGUGGAGCGCGGAUUCAAUGACAAUUUCCUUCCUAUUUGGCUGCAAGAAGCCGGGUACAACACGUACUACACCGGGAAGUUGUUCAAUGCGCAUACGGUUACAAAUUACGAUAAGCCUCACGUAGCUGGCUUUACUGGAUCAGAUUUCUUGUUAGAUCCAUAUACUUAUGACUACCUCAACUCAGCUUAUCAGCGCAACCAUGACCCCCCGGUUAGUUACGAGGGUCGCCAUACGACCGAAGUGAUCACAGAGAAAGCGCUAGGCCUGCUGGAUGAUGCGCUUGAAAGUGGGAAAGCGUUUUUUCUGGCGGUUGCGCCCAUUGCACCGCAUUCUAACGUAAAUUCGUCGACGUUUGGGGGCGGAGCGGCAAUGACGGAGGCAAUUCCGCUUGACAAGCAUAAAGAUCUAUUUCCGGAUGCCCAAGUACCGCGGACUGGAAGCUUUAAUCCGGACGAGCCAAGCGGAGUGAGCUGGAUCCGCGACCUGCCUCUCCAGAACCAGGCGGUCAUUGAUUACAACGAUCAUUUCUACCGUCAACGUUUGCGUGCUUUGCAAGGUGUGGAUGAACUGGUUGACUCGCUUGUGAUGCGUCUCGAAGAGAGUGACCAACUUGACAAUACAUACAUCAUCUACACAUCCGACAAUGGUUUCCACAUUGGGCAGCACCGCUUGCCGCCGGGGAAGUCGACAGGAUUUGACGAGGAUAUUCGCGUUCCGUUCUACAUCCGUGGACCAGGUGUCCCGGAAGGAGAGGUGCAAGAUGCAGUCACCACUCAUAUCGACCUGGCGCCGACGUUCUUCGACCUAGCUGGUAUUCCAUUGCGCAAGGACUUCGAUGGGGCGCCCAUGCCUGUUCACAAUCCAAUCGAGACCACGCAUGAGCAUGUCACUGUUGAAUACUGGGGCAAGGCAUUUUUGGAGGGUGAGAAGGGCGGGAUUGGACCCGGCCAUUCAUUCAAUGUUCCCAACAACACCUACAAAUCUGUGCGCAUUAUCGGCGACGGAUAUGACCUUUACUACUCUGUCUUUUGCACGAAUGAACAUGAACUUUAUGACCUGACGACUGACCCCUACGAAAUGAACAACUUAUAUUCGGGCGAUCACUCGCAACGUAUCCUCGGAUACUCAUUGGAGCACGUCGCAUCCCGACUCGACUCACUCCUGCUUGUUCUCAAAUCAUGCGAAGGCCGCACUUGCAUCAAACCUUGGAAUGUCCUGCACCCGGAUGGCUCUGUACAGACAUUACGCGACGCCCUUCAUUCACAAUACAACACUGUCUAUCAAGCAACACCAAACGUCGCCUUCGACCGAUGCGAAAACGGCUACAUCCUUGACGCGGAGGGACCACAAGCGGAUGUAGUGUACCGCGAUGGCUUGAGCUGGGAGUUGUGGACCUGA